CAUUCAACGCGGCCUUGCAGCGUAUUAUUGACAAAGAAAAAGUAAACGGGGUGGGAUUUGAAAUAAAUAUCGUUAAACGGUAAACGGGAGUGAGGUAAACAUAUUUGUUUUCGAUAUACCUUAUUCUUUAGAUAACCUCUUUAAGUAGGUUAAAGUAAUAUUAAACGCUGUUAUCAUCUCGAUUUUACCUUAUUGUUAUGCUAGCGUGAAUAUAUGUUAAGCAUACCAGCAAUACGACAACAUCCAGUGCAUCUGUUGAACGAUAUUAAACAUCUUGUCUACUGAAUUAUUUUCAUCAGAGAUGAACGUCAUGCUGCCGAAGAGCUGAACUGGCUGCAUUUAGAACUGGAUCUCUGCACCGUUUCAGCUCAGAGACGAUAAAGGGAGGAGGACGUGAGCUCAGCUGAAGCCAAUGCAGCAGCAGCAGAGCCGGCAGCCUGACCUAGUGGAGGGAAGCCUUCCAGUGUUUGUGUUCCCCACUGAGCUGGUGUUCUACGCAGAUGAGCAGGCUUCACAUAAGCAGGUGCUCACCCUCUACAACCCUUAUGAGUUUGCUCUUAAAUUCAAAGUUUUGUGCACAGCGCCAAACAAGUAUGCCGUGGUGGAUGCCACUGGUGCUGUUAAACCGCAAUGUUGCGUGGAUAUUGUGAUCCGCCAUAAGGACGUGCGGGCCUGUCAUUACGGGGUGAUUGAUAAGUUCCGGCUGCAGGUGUCUGAGCAGAGUCAGAGGAAGGCUUUGGGCAGGAAGGAAGUGAUGGCCACUCUGCUGCCCUCCGCCGCUCAGGAGCAGCCCCAGGUCCGGCCCCAGGAAGAGGAGCGCAGGAUGAAGGAGCAGCUUGCCGACAGAGUGUUCUUUGAGCAGACUGCAUUCCAGACAGAGAGCCGCACAGCGUCUGGGGGCCCUAGCCUCCUCACUGUCCUUUUAGGUCUGGUGUGUAUGGCGGCCCUUAUGCUCCCAACUCUGGGAGAGCAGGAAUCCACAGUGCCUGUCUACCUCCACUUAAGUGUUAACAAGAAACUUGUAGCUGCUUAUGUUUUAGGUCUUCUUACAAUGGUUAUUCUGCGCACUUGAAGUGCUCUUGGAAACGAUCUCGUUGAAAGGAACUAAAACGAUGAAGAGGGGAGAUAUGGACAUUAACACAGCCAGGAGGGUUGUGAGGAUGGAGGGGAAGCACGUCUGAAAAACUCCCUAUAAACAGGAACUAACUUCUUAAAUGAUCAUCACAAACUCACUGACACAAUGAAGACAAAGAUCCAUGGGCGAGGGGAGGGUUCUGUUUACACGCCGAACACUGCCUGAGCAGGCAUUGAAUCCGGCUGACUAUUAUGUUAAGUGGGAGGGGGUGUAGAGGAACAUGAAUACAUUAAAUUAAAUGUGUUGUUAUACGUCA